AUGGACUCUGCAAAGGCAGAGACUUCGGCCGAUGCUGCUGCUCGGCGUCGGCACACUACCAGCAGACGUAGGUCGUGCGAUUCCGGAUCUCCAAAGCAUAUGCAUACCCGUACUGCACAUGCCGGUACAUUGACACCGACAGAUAUUGAAUCCCAGUCGAAGGGCCCUGCCAAUGUCAUUCCAAAUCCCAGUCCGACUGACGACCGACAAGUGCGAUGGUCGGCUCUUGAACCCCAUGUCCCAAAGCCCUUAAUUGAUCAAUCAAAGUCCGGCCAGUCGUCACCCGGAUCGGCAUGGACACCGCCAUAUACAAAGGUAUACCGAGGUUCCUUUGCUGCGACACCUAUAUCUCGUUCUCGGCUGGCUAGCGGACAGGCUACGCCUAGGGGAGGUUCACUUGUCGCAAGUAUACCUCUGGAUCAAUUUAUGAGUAGACUUCAACUUGAAGCCGACGACCUGGAAGACUACGGAGUUGAAGAGCUGCGAGAUGGAUUCUUCGAUGCAUCGUUUUACAAAAUGCCUCGCAAAGAAUUGGCAACUGCGAAGCAGAAAAGGAAGAUAAGAUCACCUUUCUCGCUACAAAAGUUUGUUCAGUUGCAGAAGGAUGGUAUCAAGCGGUUCAUUUGGAGUAUCAAGCAUCCGAAACGACGGAGCGCUCUGAUGAGAGCUGUUACUGGUUACAUGUUAGCAUAUAUCCUAUGUCUCGUCCCAGCAAUAAGAAAAUGGUUAGGGCCGUAUCAUUUUAUCAUGAUCAUAGCUACUAUUGUCAACCACGCUGGACGAAGUAUAGGUUCACAGAUCGAGGGCACUAUAGCAACCAUCAUAGGAGCUGGUAUUGGAAUUGGAGCCGGUCUUCUGGCUUUAUGGAUAUCGACUGUAUCCGGCCCGGCAAGAGACAGCUACGGGGCCUUCCUAGCUGUCUGCUUGCUUAUUACGCUCCCAAUGUUAGCAUGGGCAAGAGCAAGGUUUGCUAGGGUCUUCCAGUUAUGUAUCUGCGCAGGCUUUGCUCUGUUCUUCAUGGUCUGCGAGAGAGUCGGGCCAACCCCAUUAUACCGGAAGGCAUGGGAAUUCGGUAUACCGUGGGUUUUAGGCGUGGCCAUUGCUCAGAUUACCAAUAUAUUCUUGCUACCGAACCCUGGGAAUGUUCAAAUUGCUCGUGCCCUACACAAAGCACUCGAUGCGGCUAUAGGUGGGCUUGAGCUCCCGCGCCCAUCAACUGCCCGCCAGCGCGAAAAGAUGAGUCAGGAAACCGUCGAGAUGUCUAUCGCAGUGAGAGACUUCAGAUCGGAGAUAACUAUCUCCAAAAUCUCACCUGAGGACAUGACAGAUCUGAGAAACAACCUCCAGGCAGUCAUCCGAGAUUUUCUACGUCUCGAAUGCAUAGCCCCUGUUUUCGAGCCUCCAAAGGAAGAACAGCAACCGCGAAAGGGCAAACCUCUCAAGGAAACAAAAAUCCACAUUGAAAUUGAUAGCGGUGAUGAGAGCGAAGAUGACGAAAAGGUUGAAAUCGAUCGUAUAAGAGCAGUCCUUGCCGGACCGAGCCGUGAGAUGAUCAACGUCAUGAAGGAGGCUUUGGAAGCCUGUGAUACGCUUCUCAUGCAAAUUCUACACCAAACCUCCUUUCUUCCGCCAGGGAGGAAAAAGAACACCUGGGAUUGUGAAGUUCUUGCGGACCGAAUACUCGGAGCCAGAGAUAAACUCGAAGAAGCCCACAUGGUUUGGGCAGGCGUUCACCCUGCGGAUGCUAGUUAUACUGUCAUCCAAAUCUUCCUCUUCACAUCAACACUACUUCAAGCGUGCGAUCAGGUCACCAAGCUUGUAAGGUCUACUGGAUCCAUCGUUAAGAAAAGACGUGGGGCCAAUUGGAGAUUUUACCUCCCCGACUACCCGCUGGAGAAGUUGGUCUACCGGAGCAAUCCCCAAGUUCGCCACGAUCGAGGUGGAACCACAACAGCUUUCUACUUUCGAACAAUGAAGGAUAUUGCCCUACUCAUGAGUAAGAUCGCUGGGAAAGCUUGGGUUCCCGAUUCUGACCUUACGACAAAACCAUCUCCUCAAAAGCAAGGCGAGAAGAAGACACUGAGGUUUAGAAUCUGGGAGGUCCUUCACGAACUACAGGGAUUCGAGGCAAGGUUCGCACUGAAGAAUACCAUGACUAUAUGUCUGCUUGCCAUACCGGCCUGGCUUACUAGAUCACAAAGUUGGUGGAACGAGUGGGAGGGAUGGUGGUGUACCGUGGCGGCGUGGCACCUAAUGCAGCCUAGGGUCGGUGGUAAUCUAAACGACCUCGCGGCAAGACUGGUGACCGUCGCCCUUGGGGCCUUCUGGGGCGCUCUAUCAUUCUUCGCAGGCAACGGAAACCCAUACGUUAUGGCCGUAUUUGCCUUAGUAUUCGCAAUCCCAUUUUUAUAUCGCUAUAUGUUAUCCUCUCAUCCACGCUCCGGGUUUAUCGGCUGCCUGACGUUCACCGUCGUUUCCAUGACUUGCAAAAACUACGAAGGAUUAAUUCCUCCCCAUAGGAUCGCAUAUACCCGAGGAACAGCGAUUAUUGUUGGUGUCUUGGCCAGCGUCUUCAUAAACUGGUUCCUAUGGCCAUUCGUAGCUCGCCAUGAACUUCGAAAAUCCCUAGCAAAUAUGCUGAUAAACCUCAGUAUUGUCUACCGUACCGUCGUAGCAAAAUACAUAUAUCACGAUCUCGACUACAUGCCCUCCCCGCAAGACAUAAUCGACUCACAAAUCCGCGAAGCCAAACUCCGCGAAGGUUUCGUACGUAUCCGCGAACUUCUAAAAAUGACAGAACACGAACCCCGUCUCCGCGAACGCUUCGACCCGACACCAUACGAACAUCUAAUCGAUAGUUCCGAAAAGUUCUUUGACCACAUAAUCGACGUCAGACAAGCUUCGCUAUAUUUCAGAAUAAGUGGGGAUAGAGAUAUGGCACAAAUGAUGUUAUCUUGUAGAAGGGAUGCUGUUGCGACUAUAUUGAUGAAUCUGUGGGUGUUGGGCGGCGGGUUGAGGAGUAAAACACCUAUUCCGAAGUAUUUACCUUCUGCGGCUAUCGCGAGACGGAGGCUGUUGCAGAGGAUCGAAGAUAUGGAUUCGGAAGGGUAUUACGAGAAGAGUCUGUAUGAGGGGAAGAGGAGGCGGUUGAGGUUUACGGAGUUGGAACAAUUAGACCCUGAGAGCCUUUUCGUAGAUGGACCGGACGGAAAGAGUGGGGUUAAAGAUGGGAAGGUGAGGCAUAAGGGGAUCGAUAAGUGGGCGCAUUUCUAUCAGUAUGCUUACUCGUCGAUUCUUAAUGAGAUUGUACGGGAGCUAGAGCAAUUACAGAUAUACACGAAAGCGAUCACUGGGGAAUUGAGCAUCGGGAAAUUCGAUUGA